AUGGCUUCAUCAUCCUCAUCAAGCAGUUCUUCAUCUUCAACGACAUCGAAAUAUGAUGUGUUUGUGAGUUUCAGAGGAGAAGACACACGCUACAACUUCACUGAUCAUCUUUAUGCUGCUCUUCAAAGAAAAGGCAUUGUUGCCUUCAGAGAUGAUACAAAGCUCAAGAAAGGCAAAUCCAUAGCACCUGAGCUCUUACAAGCAAUUGAAGGGUCUCAAAUUUAUAUUGUUGUCUUCUCAAAGAACUAUGCUUCCUCAACAUGGUGCUUGCGAGAACUCACUAAGAUCCUCGAUUGCGUUCAAGUAUCAAGAAAAUAUAUUCUGCCUAUUUUCUAUGAUGUUGAUCCAUCUGAGGUGAGAAAACAAAAUGAGGGUUACGAGAAAGCAUUUGGUGAACAUGAAGAAAGAUUCAAAGAAGAUUCAGAGAUGAUGGAGGAAGUGAAAAGAUGGAGAAUUGCUCUGAAAGAAAUAGCCAAUCUCUCUGGUUGGGAUGUACGGUAUAAGCCACAAAAUACAGAGAUUGAAAAAAUUGUUAAAGAGAUAAUAAGUAUAUUGGCUCACAAUUUUUCAAGUCUUCCAAAUGAUCUAGUUGGGAUGCAAUCUCCUGCAGAAGAAUUAGAAAAGCUUCUAGCUUUAAGCUCAGUUAAUGCGGUUAGGGUUGUAGGAAUUUGUGGGAUGGGUGGAGCAGGAAAGACAACUCUUGCUACAGUGUUGUGGGAUAAAAUAUCUCAUCAAUUUGAUGCUUGUUGUUUUAUUGUUGAUGUAUGCAAGUCUGAUGUCAUUGAUACACAAAAGCAACUUCUACAGCAAGCUCUAAAUAAAGAAAACCUUCAUAUAUUUAAUCCUUUUUUGGCAGCUGAUUUGAUACGUCGUAGGUUACGUUAUGUAAGGGCCUUUAUAGUUCUUGAUAAUGUUGAUCAAGUUGAACAAUUGGAGAAACUAGGCGUGAAUCGUGAAUGGUUAGGUGCAGGGAGCAGAAUCAUCAUAACUUCUAGAGACUUGCAUAUCCUAAGAAAGUAUGGAGUGGAUGAUGUUUACACCGUUAAACUCUUGAAUGCUGACAAUGCUCUUCAAUUGUUUAGUAGAAAAGCUUUCAAUUGUGAUAAUAUUGGGAGAGAUUACAAAGUCUUAUCAUAUGAAGUACUAGAAUAUGCGAAGGGCCUUCCAUUGGCAAUUAAAGUAUUGGGCUCAUUUUUGUUUGGUCGAGAUAUCCAUGAGUGGAGAAGUGCAUUGGCUAGAUUGAGAGAAAAUCCAAGCAAAGAUAUCAUGGAUGUGCUCCGAAUUAGUUAUGAUGGAUUGGAAGAAAUGGAGAAAGAAAUAUUUCUGGAUAUCGUUUGUUUCUUCAAUGGGCACAAGCUGCUUAAUGUUGAGAAAUAUAAUAGCCCAUAUUAA